AUGCUGCUGUACGCUUGUCUCAUCCUGCUGCCAACAGCUGCCAUGGCUGUGUGUGACAGGACAGUGAUCUUGGCGUUUUACGAUGCCGCUGACACUAACGGCGAUGGCAACAUUGGCUCCUCGGAAGUUACCGCCGUUGUCACUAAAAUCGACGGCAACAGCGACCAGAUAGUGACAAGACAAGAACUGAGAGACAGACUUUAUCUGGUAGCACCAAAUCUGGUGGGUCAAGAUGCGGUAAUAUUUGACUUCUUCGACACGAACGGAAGUGGGACACUCACCUCUCAAGACUUCACAAUAUUAUACCUACGCAUUAACACGGACUUUAAUACAAAUAUUUCUCGACAGGAGUUAAUUACGUAUCUGAAUAGGUACUGCUAA